AUGAGCUCGUCUUUGGAAAACUCAACAAGGAGAAGAAUCGAAAUGGACGUGAUGAAACUACUCAUGAGUGACUUCAGAGCUGCCCUUGUUAAUGACAACUUGAGAGAAUUGCAUGUCUGUCUCGAAGGUCCCCAAAAUACCCUAUACGAAGGUGGGCUUUGGAAAGUCCAUGUAGAAUUACCGGAACAAUAUCCAUACAAAUCACCCUCGAUUGGCUUUGAUACAAAGAUUUACCAUCCUAAUAUCGACGAACACUCGGGCUCGGUUUGUUUGGACGUUAUCAACCAAACUUGGUCGCCAAUGUUUACAAUUACACAUAUAUUUGAAACUUUUCUCCCGCAAUUGCUGGACUAUCCAAAUGCUUCUGACCCAUUGAAUGGUGAUGCCAGCGCCCUGUAUUUAAAUAACAGAGACAAAUACGAGGAAAAAGUGAAAACCUAUGUUGCCAAGUACGCCAAUCCAAGGGACGUCUCUCGUGCCUUUAAUUUAGAACAUGGACUCCCCGAUGAAGAUCGUUUCGACAAUAAGUUUAACGCCAAUGACGUGAAUGGACAAGUAGAUUCUCGCACGACUAGCAGGAGAACUGACAUGGACGACAAUGACGACAAUGACGACGAUGAUGAGGACGUCGAGGACUUGAGUAGUUUGGACGAAGACUCUGCCGACUCCGAUUUGGACAUGGAUCUCUGA